AUGUCCUGUGCUCUGGAGGUGGAUGUCCUGCCAAGGGUCAGCAGUGACCAGGACCCUGGCAGCUGUGACAGCAGCCUGGAUGAAGUGCUGAGCUUUUCUCCAGAUCUGGGGCUCUCACCUGUCACCUGCCUCUCUGGGAACAUGGGGCAUCUACACUGCGGAGACAGUGUCACUCCAAGGAGGAAGCUGAAAUUAUCCCCAGACUCCCAGCAAUCAAGCCCGACGGAGGCACCAAGCCUGCAACAGACUGCCAUGGGAACUGCAGCGCUCUCAGUACUUUAUGCUGCCUUCAGCGAUUCUUCUUUCCAGUCCAGCUACAAGCCGAAGAAGGCGGCUAGAAAAGUCAAUGUGAGAGACCAUGAGAACAAAUGUCGUAAGGACCCAAGAAAGAAAAAAUCUCGCCUGAAGCUUCUAGACUUGUUCCAAAGCUCAGAGCUUGUUACAGGACACCAGGAUCAGAUACCGGAGAAACAUCACAAAGACGUCCACAGAAAAAGCAAGAGGGUUUCGAUGGGAGACAUCAGCCCAGCGUUCAAUGAAGAUGAAAGUGAGGACCUCAUUGGAGACUUCUCAAAACCUUACAGCCUACCUAUAGAACGGGGAAACCAUCAGGACCUGAAAUAUAUAACAUGCGGCACGUUAGCGCAUGUACUCGGAGGAGGAUAUAUAGAGAUUGUACAGACGUACCAUCUUGUGGACUGCCGCUAUCCUUAUGAAUAUGCUGGAGGUCAUAUCAAGGGGGCCCUGAAUUUAUAUAAAGAAGACCAGAUUUCGGAAUAUUUUUUUAAGAGUCCAUCACUUCCCCAGGGCAGAAGACUAGUAAUCUUUCACUGUGAAUUCUCCUCUGAAAGAGCUCCCAAACUGUGUCGGACUUUAAGAAACCUGGACAGGAAAGCAAACCAGUAUCCACAUCUCUGCUACCCUGAACUCUAUCUCUUAAAGGGUGGCUAUAAGGAGUUCUAUGAAACAUAUAAACAACUGUGUGAACCGCAAGGUUACAUAAAAAUGGUUCACAAGGAUUUCCAAGACCAAUUAAAAAAUUACCAAAAAAAGAAGAAGAACUUGUCGGGCCAAAGGAUCCGUAAAGAGCUGUUUAAGCCUCUGACCUCCAGCAAAAGCUUCAGUCCUGUUACAACGCAGAGCGUACUGAAAUUGUAAGGCAUGGCCUACAGUGACUGAAUGGACCUACACUGACAGAAAUCAUGGCAACCUGACAACCAAGGGAAAUAAAGCUAU